CUUUCUUAGCGUAUAUAUCAAACCUUACAUCCGUCUUAGGGUUUUCUCUAGCGAUCGAAAGGUAGGGUUUGUCUCACAGCCGGCGUUCACCUUCACGGAGCUCAAACCGCAACAAUGGCCGUAGGGAAGAAUAAGAGAAUUUCCAAGGGCAAGAAGGGAGGAAAGAAGAAAGCAGCUGAUCCGUUUUCCAAGAAGGAUUGGUACGAUAUCAAGGCUCCAUCGCUGUUUAACACCAGAAAUGUUGGUAAAACACUUGUUACCCGUACUCAGGGUACUAAGAUUGCUUCCGAGGGAUUGAAACAUCGGGUGUUUGAGGUGUCUUUGGCUGAUCUCCAGAAUGAUGAAGAUCAUUCCUACAGAAAGAUCCGCUUGAGAGCUGAAGAUGUUCAAGGGAAGAAUGUUUUGACCAAUUUCUGGGGUAUGGAUUUUACCACAGAUAAGCUCAGGUCGCUUGUGAAGAAAUGGCAGUCUUUGAUCGAAGCACAUGUCGAUGUUAAGACAACCGACAACUUCACAUUGAGAAUGUUUUGCAUUGGUUUCACUAAGAAGCGUGCUAAUCAGGUGAAAAGGACCUGCUACGCACAAUCUAGCCAAAUCAAGCAGAUCCGUAGGAAGAUGAGGGAGAUCAUGGUGACACAAGCUCAAACUUGUGAUCUAAAGGAGUUGGUUCAAAAGUUCAUUCCUGAAUCAAUUGGUAGAGAAAUUGAGAAAGCAACAUCUAGCAUCUACCCGUUGCAGAACGUUUUCAUCCGCAAAGUCAAGAUCUUGAAGGCACCCAAGUUUGACAUCGGGAAACUGAUGGAGGUUCAUGGAGAUUACUCUGAAGAUGUUGGUGUGAAGUUGGACAGGCCUGCGGAAGAAGUUGCUCCUGAAGCGACUGAAGUUAUUGGUGCUUAAAUGAGGGUUCAUUACUUGUUUUCUAUCUUUUACUUUUAUUAAUUUCAUGGACUUGAAACAAUCUCGGGUGUUGUUUUUUUCUAUAGAAGUUAGCGUCAACAUUACGCCUUGAACGCCUAUAUGAAAUUUUUGUAGUUGACUACCGGUUGUUAAGCUGCUUUGUCGUGGUUUGACAUCUUUUUCAUCGGAAAGUGGUUUGCUCUUCUGGAAUGAGUA